CCCACCUCUCUCUCUCUCUCUCUCUCUCUCUCUCUCUCUCUGAACAAGAUAGAACUUAGAAGAAGAUAGUUUUUUUUUCUCCUUUGUUUGCUUCAGCUUUGUACAGAGAAACUGAUAUGGGUAAUCAAUCAUGGUUAUAAUAGAGGAAAUACCCAUGCUGUUUUGAUGGUCUGCAUUCCAUUUUCUUCCUCCAUACUCUAUUUCUAAAGUAGGAAAAAAUAAGAGGAGCUUGCUUCUUGUUUUACCUUUCCAACCCAACCUCUCUCUCUCUCUCUCUCUCUCUCUCUCUCUCUCUCUCUCUCUCUCUCUCUCUCUCUCUCAUUUGUUUGAAUUUGGGAGAAGUCUCCUUACCGACCCACCAGCAUUCUGCAUUGUAGCAAAACUCCAACUAUUCGAAACUACUGUGUCAUGUUAUCUGGUUUUCUUAGACAAAAGGCUCUCAGGAAGGUCAGUAUCUCCCACCUUCUAAUUCUUUUUUUCUCUUUGUGCUUUUCCUCUCUCAUAGCUUCUCCAGAGAAAACAAGAUAUUGGUACUUAGCUUAGAGUCUCCAACAAUCUCAGACCAGAAGAAACUGCGAAUUUAAUUAGCCGGGUCCAGUUUUCUAGUCUUUUUCUUUCCUUCUUCCUUCCUUCAAUUGGGCUUACCAGGAAAAGAAAAGGAAAAAAAGAAAAAAGAAAUGUGUAUGUAGCUUGGUCGCCUAAAUCUCAGUCCCAAAAUGAAAAUCUCUUAUGGGUUUGUUAGCAAAAUUGAAGAAAUGGGUAUUAAGAAAAGGUUCUUAAGAAUCUCAGUUGCUACAGUUCUCUAGUGUGUGUAUUUCUACUAGAAAAGUGUGUUUUUUUGAAGUUAUUUUUAUUUUUAUUUUUAAUGUUUAUUUGAAAGAGUCAAGAACCUCAGAAUCAAAACAACUGCUAAUUUAUUGGAUUGGGUCUCAUUCUCUCUUUUCUUUUGGUCUUUUUUGUCAUCCAAACAAAACCCAGAAAGAGGAGAGAAAAAAAUGGAUAUUUCCACUCAUGAAGUAGAAAUCCCAAUCCCAAUAAGCAGCAGCUAUGCAGGUGGUGGACAUGGACCUCAUGUUCAUGCCCACAUGAUCCAUGACCCCCACCACAUCAUCCCAUCAUCAGCUACCCAGCUCCUUCCCUCAAAUGGGCCUAUCCCUCCUCCAACACUAGUAGUAGAGGACCAUACGCCAUACAAGAAAUCGAUCAGGUACAAAGAAUGCCUAAAGAACCAUGCAGCAGCCAUGGGUGGGAAUGCCACAGAUGGGUGUGGUGAGUUCAUGCCAGGUGGAGAGGAAGGAACCCUUGAAGCCCUCAAAUGCUCAGCCUGCAGCUGUCACAGGAACUUCCACAGGAAAGACAUAGAAGGCGACCCCUCCUGUGACUUGUACCAUCAUCUCAGGGUGGGGCCCAGGAAGGUAGUUGGCCAGAAGGGUGUCCUGAUUGCUGGGCCAGAUGCAUUUGGGUACCCCACAGCAGGCAGCCUCAUGACCCCCAGGCCCACUACUCAGAUGAUAAUGUCAUACAACUUGGGAGGGCUGCCAUCAGAGUCAGAUGAACAGGAGGGGGGUGGUGGGGCCCAGGCCAGGCAUCCAAUGGUGAAGAAGAGGUUUAGGACCAAGUUCACAGCAGAGCAGAAGGAAAAGAUGUUGGAGUUUGCUGACAAGGUUGGGUGGAGGAUUCAAAAGCAAGAGGAAGGAGUGGUGCAGCAGUUCUGCCAAGAGAUUGGUGUGAAGAGGAGAGUUCUCAAGGUUUGGAUGCACAACAACAAGCAUAACCUUGCAAAGAAGGUUUCUACACCUACUUCCACUGAGGGCUGAUUUUUUUAUUUCCUUUUUCUAGAAAGAUCAAUGCAAGAUGAUGGAGAGAGGUUGGUCUUUUUUUUUUCUUUUUUUUUUUCUUUUUUUGCAUUAGGAGGGUGCAUGAUGUAGUUUUAUUAGGUUUGGUAUAUUUUUUGAAUUGAGUGGUGUAUGUGUUCAUCUCCAGCGUAGAAAAUGAUUUAAAAUCUUUAACAUUAGAAUGGGUUUGGGUCUUACUCUUCUAUGGUUGAACUCACUUUAUUUUCAAGUUGUUUUACUUUUGUCUUGUUUAUCUAGUCCUUUGUCUUGUUUUAAUUUUGGGAAAGCUCUCUUA